AUGGCCAAGGGCAAACCAGCAGCUGCGGCGGCUGGAGGCAAGGCCAAGAAGAUUUUCAGCAGGAAGGAGGGCGGCGUGUAUGAUGUGAACGUGGAAGAGCUGAUGCACCCAGGCGGCCGCCAGGCGCUGCUAAAUGGCUACUGCGUGGGCCGGCUGGAGGGGCACGAGGAGGAGCCGAGCGCCGGGGUGGCGGAGCUGGUGGACGAGCGGGCGCCGCUGCUGCCGCAGGUGGUCAAGCUGGCGCCUGAGGCAUACCUGGAGUGGGUGGCGGCGCCCUCCACCGGCCACCCCGUCAUGUUUGCAAACCCGGUGGUGGAGCGCCUGACGUGCACGCAGUGGUACGUGGUGCCUCUGCUGUGGCUGCCCGUCGCGGCUGCCUUCAUGUGGCGCGGCGUGGCCACGGGCGGCCUGUCGCUGGGCCUGCUGCCCGCGUCGUUUGUUGCCGGCGUGCUGAUCUGGCAGCUGAUGGAGUACUCCAUCCACAGGUUCCUCUUCCACUUCGACCCCAAGACCCCCAGGGGCAUCGAGUGGCACUUCAUGCUGCACGGCCACCACCACAAGUACCCCAUGGACUUUGACCGCCUGGUCUUCCCGCCGGGGAUUGCGGCGCUGGUCAUCGCUGUAUUCUACGUGCUGCUGCACCAGCUGCUGCCGGUGAGCUGGGCCUGCUCGCUCCUGGGCGGCGGCGUGGCUGGCUACGUGCUCUACGACACCACGCACUGGGCCCUGCACAGCGGCAGGGCCGACUGGCUGGUGGGCCACGUGCUCAAGUCGAGCCACAUGGACCACCACUAUGUCGACGAGACUGUGGGCUACGGCAUCUCCUCCACCCUCUACGACCACGUGUUCAGCACCAUGGGCAGGCACCUGCUGAAGAAGGCGGCGUGA